AUGGUCUCUCCGGUAAACCUAUUAUCUUUGACAACUGCAACAACAAAAUCCAAAGAAAUCUUUGUUACACAAGUUGCUAAUACACAAAUUUCAAAACCAAAACGAGGCAAAACAAGUUUCGGACUUGCGACCACGAUUGGUAUCAUUUGUGGUAUUAGUUUCUUGGCUUUGAUCAUCAUUAUUAGGAUCGUCAGAUUUCAAAUGUACCGCCUCGAUAGUCGUGGUAUUUACAAACUUGUACCUCACGAAGCAUAA